UCAUGACAGGAAGAAAUGGCAAGCUCGGCUUGGGAAAAGCAAAGGACAAAGAAUGGUAUACUUGGGAAUAUUCACCACAGAAGAGGAAGCAGCAAGAGCCUAUGAUGUUGCAGCGAUAAGGUUGAAAGGCCCCAAAGCAGUCACCAACUUUGCACUCAGCAACUACGAUGUGGACAGAAUUUACCAGAGUGGGAAAAUUCUGAUUGGAGAGGGAGCAUCAAAGCGGAUAAAGAAGACUUCAGUGGAGGAGAUUUUACUUUGGAGAACAAGGAGCAAUCCUGGGAAAACCUCCGGUCCCGAUCUUUCCCAGGAAUGUAUUGGUAGAAGCUCUAAACCCUUAGAAGCACCUCCUCUUAAGGAGAAGAUCCGAACUCUAGCUGAUUAUUACCGACAGAAGGAUGACAGGGAUGAUGAUCUUUUUAAGAUUCCUUGGGAACGGGAAGACGAGGACUAUGAUGCCAAUCUGCCAGUUUGGAUUAGAAAUGAUAGCUUUUUAUUCCUUAAAGACAUCGAGGUUCCGCCCUCUCAGAUCGACCUCGACAGUCUUCUCUAUGGGCCAGCCAAUCCCCACGGAGACACUUUCUUUGUCGGAAGUCGGGAGUUUCCACCUUGGAGGUUGCAGGAUCCGAUGGAAUGUCUUCCAGGACCAUCGCAAACCCUAGCAAGGCCAGGGUUCGCGAGCUCAUGCCAGGAUCCAAGUGAAGGCUAUAAAGGUAUUAGUUCCAGGAGUGACAUGAUCAACCUGAUGAGUGCUCCAACAACGAGAACAAAUGGAAUCUAUGUGGGUGAGCAUCUGCUCGAACUCUUUCCAGAUGCAAGUACUCCCGAGGUGGACUGGGACAAUAUACUGCCUGGGGAAGCCUCAAACAAAGACUUCUCAGGGGUCAAUGGAGAGUCUAAGAAGCAGAGCAACGGGAUUGAGACCAAUUUGGACAGCUGUGAGGUCAAAACUAGUGAGGAGAAAGCUAGUCCUAAGUUUGUUCAAAGCCCUAGCUCCUCCACGGUGAACUACUCUAAAAACCCUAACUCUGAAGAAAAGCCGAGCGAAUCUGCCAUCACCGCGCAUGGAAAUCCAAACAAGGACAUGAACUUGACUAUGGUGGUUCCUGGUGGUGGUCAAGGCAAUGGUCGGACCCAUUCGUCGAACAAGAUUGGCAGCUUAUUCCCAGGAAUUGCAGACAAAGUGCUACAUUUUGGAGUUACUGCAGGAUGGUUAAACAGGUUCUUGAAGAACGAUGGAAAUGGCGAUAAUGGAUCAGAUGAGAACGUCUAGUACUUCUCUCAUCUGCAAGAGUCAAGGCAUGAAAGCAGGUCCUAAUUCUAUAUAUCAAAUAAAAAUCGGGUCUUAUAUAUACCCUCUCAGUUUUCCCCUUUCUUCCCGGGUAAAAAGAAGUGCAGUCGGUUUUGAAGUAUAACAGUUCAAUCUCAGUAAUCAGUACCAAGGUUGUCAGAAUCGCGAUUCUACCUAGAAUCGGUCGAGGGUCGUAGAAUCAUGAAUCGCGAUUCGAAUCGUGAAUCGUAAGA